AUGGACAACAUUCGUCUCUAUACUGCUCAAAGCAGGCCUGAUCUUUGGGAAAUCCUUAAAAGUCCUUCACAUCCAUUGAAUGCUGCCUGGCCAACGUUCAUUGACCAAGACAAAUACUUCCAACAUUACUGCAGUCAGCUCGACAGAUUUGAAGCUUUUGCUCCUAUGCAGUAUGCCAUUGUCGACGUUGACACCCACGGAGGGGAGCACAUCAUUGCUUGUGGACGCUCUGUUCCGUUUUACUGGCCUGAAUUGGACAGAAUCGGGGGCAAAAGAGGGCUGCGCCAACAUCCUGAAAUACUGCACAGCCUACCAGAUGAAGGUUAUGAUGGCAUCUUAUCUCGGGCCUUUGAGCAACAGCUCGCACGAGAAGGCAUUGCUCAAGAUAUGAAUGGAUUAAGACCUAUAUCCGAUCCCGCCAGGACGAGAACAGAGGCACCCAAUGCACUCUCCGCUAUUUCGAUCACUGUUUCUCCACAAUACCGCUCUCAAGGGCUGGCAGAUCUAUUGAUAAUGGCUAUGAAGCAAACAGCAUUGGACCAGGGUUAUGAUGCACUGGUGGUCCCUCUUCGGCCGACGCGAAAGUCGGAUUACCCAAGAACAGAAAUGGCUGAUUAUUUGUCAUGGUUAGCGACACCAAACCCGGAUUACGGAGUUUCCAAGAUGAAAGCUAAAAGCACGGACCCGAGCUUACCUUUUGAUCCGUGGCUGAGGAAACAUGUUCGGCUGGGAGCUAGGGUGGUCAAGGUGGCUCGACGGAGUAUGUACGUUGAGGGGAGUGCUCAAGAUUGGCAGCAGUGGACUGGUGUCAAUUUUAGCCAGCUCAUUGGGCGUAAGGACACUCCCUUGAAACAAGAGGCCAACUCGGGCAAGCUCUAUUUGGAGGCUGUAUUUCCGAAGGGACUCGUCCCUUUGCGGUAUUACCUUGAUGAGCAACGCUGUGUCUACUUGGAACCGAAUAUCUGGUUAUACCAUGAGCUACCUCUCUGA